AUUUGCUGUGUCUUUCAAAAAACAUGUGGAUCUACCACAAAUGUAAAUAACACAUACUUUACAAAUCCGGAAUAUCCAACAACUUAUGAUGGAACAGGGCGAUGUACAAUAACAGUACAACGUUGUAAUUCAAAUAUAUGUCAGUUUCGGGAUCGUCGACGACUGUACCUCGUAUUUGCGGAGAAAAUGCAAAUCAACAUGUUUAUAUGGAUUUUAAUGGUGCAACACCGAUUAUGAUAUCAAUUGACACUAAUGCUGAGUAUAGUGCAGAACGUCGAUGGAAUAUAAGAAUUCAACAAAUACCAUGCGACUCUACUUCCAGAGCACCAAAUGGAUGUUUGCAAUAUUACACUAGCACUUCAAAUACUGUUACAAGUUUUAAUUACGGCACAGCGCCAAAUCCAAGAGCACCUGGAGCUGCUACACGACAAAUAGCAAACACAAAUUAUGGUGUAUGCGUAAGAAUGGCUCAAGGAUAUUGUGCCAUUGAAUGGUCACAAACUACUACAACUUCAUUUUCUGUUUCUGGGGAUACAGGCUCCUUAGGCUUCCCUAUAAUAGGUACUGCAGAUGCUGCAAUAAUAGGAACAAAUUGUACUACUGAUUUUGUUAUCAUUCCUAAUCCAUCUCAAAGUGGUAUGGCAAUUGGGGUAGAUCGAUUUUGUGGAAAUGGCUUUACAACAAAAACAUCAUCUUUAAAACCGUUUGUAUUAUAUGUUGUCACUGACGGAGAUGAAUUAGAAGAUAUGGAAAAUAGAGGAUUCUCGUUGACAUAUCGUCAAAUACCUUGUGCGGCGUAAAUUAAAUAAACUUAAUAAUUUUUAUAAUAUCUAUAGUACUUUAAUUAAUAAAUAAUAGAUGUAUUACAAUUUCUUGUAAGAUUUGGAACUCUUUAAAAUUGUGUGAAAUUUAAGCUUUUAACCACUGAACCCAUAUGCUAUACAUGCACUUUGGAAAAUGCCAAAUCGGUCAGUAGUAAAAAAUCAACUGUUUUUCAAAUUUUUGCAUUAUCUGGAACUGCUUUUAAUUUUUAAAAAAGAUGCGUUUUGCUAGUAAUCGUUAUAUUAAUCGGCUGUGAAAGGGUUAAUCUUACUAAUAGUAUAAUGAUGAAAUCUUUUUAACCCAUUUUUUACUACAAUACACAGUAAUAUUCUUAUUUAUAUUUUAUUUUCUUAAUUUUAUGUACAUUAAAACUAUAUAUUGUACAUAUUAAAUACUAAAUGUAAUUUCAUAAUACAUAUUUUUUUAGUAUAAUAAUAAAUUAUUUAAAAUUAUUCCGUUUAAAAUUGGAUUUCAAAGAAACACAUCAACAAAACGAUAUUUGAUUGUUGAAUUAAUUUAAAUGCAAUAUUCUUUAUAAAAAUAAUGAAAU